AUGCCGCCUCAUUAUCCUGUAGAGAAUAGGAUGGAGCGAGAUAAUUUCAACAUGCCUGCGUCGCCGGUGGGCUAUUACCCACACUACCACCGCCGACCAGAGUACAACAUACUCCCCUCAAUCGAAUCCAUGUUUGGGCGUGAACUCGGCCGUCCCGGCGGCCCAAUACCCCCACCAACUACACCUAGUGGAUUGAGUCCUCCGCCGCACUCCGGCUACUCGCCGGAGUCCCCCACUGCCAUGAGGGCGCCAGGAGGAGCCCCUGCAAUGUCGCAGUAUCUAUCAGAUCAUAAGAACGACCCAUGGGGGACAUACAAGCAGGGUCAUCCUCCAUCGGUACAAUACCCAGGGACCCACAACCACCACCAAACCAUCGAAUAUCAGCAGCAGACUUCACAACGCUCACCAAGUAAUAAUGGCGAAUUCCCAGACUAUAUCCGCCGCGCGGCCAGUUGGGAUAGUGAAUAUAUUAACCGUAAUAGAUCAUUGGACCGUUCUACCCAGCCUAUCAGCCCGACAACAGAGACGACCAUGGACACGCAUAGUAAUUUUGAAUCCGGAACUGAGAUAUACUCGGAGGACCCGGGUGAAAUGUCGGAGAUCAAUAGUGGGAUGGGUGAUACGCAGAGUCAGGCGGGGAGUACAGUUUCAGGGUUGCAUAUGUCGAGGCAGUUUUCUUGCAAGACAUGCAAAUCCACGUUUAAAUGCGAUUCAUUACGACGGAAACAUGAGAUGAAGCAUACAAAACCAUUCAAGUGUCAAUUUCCGGAUUGCAAGCGGAAAGGUCAGGGCUUUACGUCAAUGAACGACCGAGAUCGGCACAUGAAUUCCGUCCAUAAGAGGCACCUCAGCCGACCAGCUGUGGGGUACGAUUGUUGCUAUGAUCAUUGUCGCGACAAUGGAAAGAUCUUCUGGAGAUUGGAUAACUUCAGGAAUCACUUGAAGAAAAAACAUGAUCCAAAAGGCUCAAAAGAUGCGAUGGAGGAUUUCUUGAAGAGGGCGGAAGCGGAAUGCCGUCGGAUCCAACCCGCUGGAGGUGAUGGUUCUUCCAUGGCCAUCUCUAUAGACACCCGGUCCGAGCCCGAAUGUUCCAGCAAUCGCGCAAUGGAAAGUCCCGGUCCCGCCAUGUCUAUAGAUUUUGCACGGCCAACACGAAGAACGCGACCUCUACCACAGGUUCCCCCCUUCAACAAUUCCGGCGCGUGGGAAUCUGCAUCCGAAUCUGGAAUGGCACACGCACCAAUAUCCCCGGUUUCAAGAGGGCCUCACCCUGAUGUUGGAUCCGAUGCCGGUGACCGGAUGGAGAUUGAUGAGAUACCGGUGACCACGUCCCAGCCUAUGGACGAGGAGCCUUUAUUGGAUACUGCCAGGAUCAAUGGCAACCACUACCAUAGCCACCCGGUUUCUAAUGCGCCCCCAGAGAGACAAGAUCAAGGUAGGGAGAGCUACGCUAAAGCCGAAGCCAGACUUAAAAGACACCAACAACUGGAGGAAAUGCAUGAGAAGAUUAAAGAAGUUCGCAUAUUGCUUGCUGAAUAUAACGAACUGUGCAAUGAAGACCUAGAAGAUCAAUGGGGCAUUGGGAAUAGAUAUGAGCUCAUUGCUAUUCCAUUUUCCGCCAGUGAUGACUCGGACAAUACCAUACCUUAUAACCAUGGGGUCCAUUAUGAACCAUCUCCUCAAAACAUCAGUCUAGGAAGGUUCCUCACACAGGACCCGGCGGAGGAGUCACCAAUGUCUAGGCUUUUAUCAUCUGGCGGGACAGCAUCGACGCCGUCUUCAACAACGGCCCAGGCUGAUACUCGGCAAUUAGUUUCUCCACCUAUAUCAGUUGCUUCACCGCCGCAUGCAGCAGCAACAGCAGGGGAGGUUCAUCCUCAGCAUCCGCACCACCAACAACAGCAACAGGGGCAGCACAACCCUAUUGUGAUACCGGAUGAUGAGCCAAUGAAUCCACCAGUACGGUCUCCUAAGGUAGCGCAGCGUGGCUCGAUUUCACAGCAGAAGAAUGGGCCUCCAGGUGGUACUCAAUCCACACAUACGUUACUUCCGCAAAACGGAAAAAGCACAGUUUGUCCAGAAUGUGAUAAGGUAUUUGCAAUGCCUAGUAAACUCAACGUCCAUGGUAUCACAGAUAAGAAUGAAAUCACAGCCAAAACUAACGAGGCGCAUAUUGGGAGGAACAACUUCAAAACCUUCUGGUGUGGAUUCUGCCCCACAUUUCCAGACCAACCAGAACCUAGAGGUCUGGUUGUGCAACUAGAGAAGAAAGGGCUCGGUGGAUGGGACGAGAGAUUUGAUCACUUGGGCAAGCAUUUUAUCGAUGAAGGCCUGAAGAUUGGUAAAUACAAAUUUCACGACGACGACGAUCAAUACGGCCCCUCUCACGAUAGCGGCUCAGAGGACGAGGAGGAGGAAGAGAUGACAGUGGGUGAACCGUCAGUAGUGGGGAGCCGAUCGCAGCCAACUGGGGGAGAUGAAGUACUGGAUGAUUUUGGCGCAACUAAUGUAAAGAAGCUCGUUGCGUGUACGGCGCCAGACGGGGAAAAGAUGGGCAUCGAAAUGGCAAAGGAGGAGCUUGGCGACCCUGCCACCAAAACUCAAUUGCAACAAAAACCAAAGUCUAGUAGUAGAUCCAGUAUGAACUGGUAUUGUUGUCAGCCUUGUUCAGAUGGUCCUUACGUAGUAGGUCUUCAAGAAUCCUGCGUCUCAUGCGAACACCAGAUAUGUUCCAAAUGUCACCGGGAGCGAGCUGGAGAGGAGGUAGAGUGA